AGGGAAAUAAUUUGGAAUACUGGGUAGAUCAGAUUUACUUUUUAGUUGCCCAUAAUACCCACAUUAUAUAAUUUUAUUGUUUUUCUGAAUGUGUAUAUUUCCAUGCUUGUGUUUCCCUAAAGUUUCAGUCUAUGUCUAUAACCUUUAGCAUAAAUGCAGCUCCUCCUACAACGAAGAUUUCGUGCUGCAGCUGGAGAAGGAGUUGGUCCAAGCCAGGCUGAGUGAGGCUGAGUCUCAAUGCGCCCUGAAGGAGAUGCAGGACAAAGUGCUGGACAUAGAGAAGAAGAACAACUCGUUUCCUGAUGAGAAUAACAUCGCGAGGCUUCAGGAGGAGCUCAUCGCUGUGAAGCUGAGAGAGGCGGAAGCCAUUAUGGGUUUGAAGGAACUUCGACAGCAAGUCAGAGAUCUAGAAGAACACUGGCAACGUCAUUUAGCCCGAACUUCUGGAAGAUGGAAAGACCCGCCCAAGAAGAACACUGUGAAUGAGUUACAGGAUGAGCUGAUGAGCAUCCGCCUCAGAGAAGCAGAAACCCAGGCAGAAAUAAGAGAAAUGAAGCAGAGGAUGAUGGAGAUGGAGACGCAGAACCAGAUCAACAGUAACCAGCUUCGAAGAGCAGAGCAAGAGGUCACCAGUUUGCAGGAGAAGGUGCAUUCUCUUUCUGUGAAGAACAAAGGGUUGCUUACCCAGUUAAGUGAGGCAAAGCGCAGACAGGCAGAGAUUGAAUGCAAGAACAAGGAGGAAGUCAUGGCUCUGAGGCUCCGGGAAGCUGACAGCAUAGCCGCCGUGGCAGAACUGAGGCAGCAGAUCGCCGAGCUUGAAAUCCAGAAAGAAGAGGGCAAGCUCCAAGGGCAGCUUAGCAGGGCCGAUUCCAGCCAGUGCAUUCGGGAGCUGAAGGAUCAGAUAGCAGAGCUGACUCAUGAGCUCAGGUGCCUAAAAGGCCAGAGGAACUUCUCCAGCCAGCCACCGUUUGACGGAGUCCACAUCGUCAGCCAUUUGAUAGGAGAGGAUGAGUCCUUCCCCUCCUCAGACGAAGAGUUCGUGGAUGGUUCCUUACAGGAAAGUGGCCUUGUGUUUCCUUUGCGUGGAAAGUCUGGCUCCGUGUCUCUGGAUCCGGCUUUGGCAGACGGCAGUGAGAGCGAAGCGGAAGACAGCGCUGUGCCGGGAACGCAGCCCCCACAGAGAGAGUCCUACUCCACCACGGUCUGACAUCACUGUGACAGCCUGAGACAAGAUGGGGCCGCCCUCUGUCCUGUGUGUGUAUAUGUGUCUGUUUUUACAGCCUCACAUGACUGCCAAAUGUUCGCUGAAUUUCCAUUGCCACAGUAGACUGGAGUAUGCUAAUUGGUAAAUGGAGUUGUAACAGUAUUACAGAAUAUUAAUUUUUCAUAUUUAGAAAAUACUGCUAUGUCUAAAUGUAAGAACCAUUUUAAAAUUCAGAACUGUGGGAAAUUGGAUUUUCUUUAAACAAAACUGCUCUUGUGCAAUAUUCUAUCCUCACUGAUCACAGCACGCAUUGGUGUCCUCAUUCUGUUUCCAAGGGGGCUCCCCUAGACAUCCAGCCAAAACACAGAGGUUCUUCAACUUGUGUUUUGAGGAUAUUUUUUCUUCACUAAAAUUGUAGCUCUCUUAGUAGGUCAUUGAAGAUUGUCAAACACAGCUUUUUUUCUGUAUAAUUUCUAAACACAAAGUAAUCAUCGUCUGUUCUGAAAGUUUUUUGUUUUAGUUUCUACAUUUUAUGUGUAUCAUACUUCUGUGUGUCAAAAUAGUAGCAGGCUAGCUGCAGAUAUAUUAUUUGUACAUAUUUAUAAAUCCGUAUCGCCCGGCAUUGGACAUCCUUUUACACGAGGAGCAAGCGUUGACAGUGACCGUUGCCAGCAUUCUAACAGGACUUCUGUAAAUAGCAGGGUAAAGAAACUAAACACGGACCAGACACUACUGUUGGAGCAGCUGUGGUAGCCUGUACUCAGCGGAUCCUGGCUGACCGCUGUUCAAACACUACUGGUGAAGUCCUUGACUCCAUCCGUGACUAAUAAACUCCGCCAUCAAAGAGGUUAUAGCACAUGCUAGUUCAUGCCAAUCUAUUUAAUGUAAUUUACACUAGAAUAAGUUCCAAGAUGCACAGCAAAUAUUCUGGGGGGGAAUCUGAGUAUUUAAAUCCUCUAGUUUCUGAUUGACAGGUAAAGCCAUAAGAACCCUUUCUUCCUAGUCGUUUCUUUGUAUUAUUUAGACUUUUUCUCUAGAAAACUGAACGCUUGUUAUUUGUAAAUUGAGAAACGAUACUCACCUGUGGAGAGGCUGCUGGCCUGUGUUGACUGGGUGUUUUCCACCCUCAGUUUUUAGUAGCCUGAGCCAUAGAGGAAGAUAGAAUGUAGUGUGUUUGGAAGUACAUUUUUGCACAGAGUGUUGCAUACGCAAAGAAAAAUAUUUUAUAAAAUGGAGUAGAAGAAACAAGUAGUUUACUUUCUAAAGCUAUAUGAUGCAGCCUUAUGCUAUAUGAUGCAGCCUUAUGCUGCAUCAUGGGCUAAGCUUUCCCAGACAGGACUGGAAACAUGCCUUCUGUUUUCAGAACACCCACUAAAUUUUAGUAUUUAAUUUACCUGUAAUUACAAGCUAGUUAUUUAACAGAGCUAAGAUAUUAAUUCAGAUCUCUCUCUCUAGACUUCUAGAGGUCUAGCUAACAAGUUUUCCGGUUCCCUUUUCUCUGGCAAUGUUACAUCAAUAAUUUUCCUUUCAAUCUGUUUCCUAAGAAUCUCCUGUUGGGUGUUCAUCGGCACCAGUAGUCAAGUUUCUGAGAGUACCUGACAGAGACUUGACUACUGUUAGCCCAAGAGUGGCAUAAGAGGAGUUAUAGCCCUCCUUUUUUAUCUUGACCCCCUUAUCAAGAAACCUCAGUGGGACUAGAAGUGUAGCCUGGAAGUUAGAGUAUUUACCUAAAAUGCCCAAAACCCUGUGUUCAAUUCCAAGCCCCACCAAAAGAUGGACAAGCUCAGAGAAUUUCCCAGUACCCUCUCUGGUUUGGAACUAGGUGUAAAAGAACCCUGGUCAUUAAACCUUAAUUCAUUGAUGCUCUUGUGAUUUGUACAGUGGAAAAUUAGAAGCAAUGUCCUCUCCAGAGCUUUGAGUCCAGACAGACGCAGUGGUGCAGAUCUGUGGUCCCCGCUGCUCGGGACCGGCCUGGGGAACACAGUAAGAUGUUAUCUUUUAAUUCACGUAGACCUUAGAUAUAAAUCCUUCUGGGUUUUAGCGUCCAGUAGGAUACUGUGCCCUGAUCUGACUCCAUUUCGUCCAAAUUAAUGUAAGUAUAUUGUUCAACACUUUGAAGCAUUAGACUGUGUCUCUACUGAUGAACUUUAUGUCUUGAAGAAUUGAAAGACGUUUUAUGGGAACAAAUAGGAUGACAGGUGAUGGGAAACCUUGCUCUCUUGGGACAGUGACCCUCCCUUCCCACUCCAGGUGACACAUUGAAAGGACUCUUUCCCCACUGCUGGGGAUGGAAUCCCAGGACUUACACACGGUGGGCAAGCUCUCUACCCCUGAGCCACAGCCAGGUCUGGCGUCUUCAAAAUCAGCAUAUACAUUUUCUUUAUGGAAAAUGAGACCAAAGAUUUUGUUUGACACAACUUCUACUCUGGUUCUUGUUAUUUGGAUUGUUUGUUUUGGUUCGUCUUUAUUUUGCUUGGCCAGUUGGCAGCCACUCAGCACUUGCUGACUGAAACAUCAUAUUCCAACUGACUGGCUAUUUAUGUUGAAGAAACCUUUCCCAUCCCUGAGCACAGUGCAACUUGUUCAUUUCCAGGCAGUGCCUUUGACUGAAAAUAAUGUCUGCUGCUUUUGAAGUAUAUAAUAUUCCUGGCGUCGUAAGAGGUCAUUGGUUCCUCAUUCGUUGUUUGCAUAAUGCACUAUAAUAUUCAAAUUUUUAAAAAUUAAGGAUAUCGAUUAUGUUUUGUGGCAAGUGUGGCUAUUACACAGCACCAAGACACCCAUGGCUGACCUUGUAGAAUCAGUUUCCUUACUAAGCAGUGAGUUUUAGCCUGAGAGUUUUUGCUGCUCUAGAUUAACAAACAAUUAUAAUUUAAAAUUAAUUUCUUUUUAAUUCUAAAAUUAGUUAAAAUUUCUGGUUGGAGAUAGGGUAGAUGCUAUUUAAAACCCAGAUUUUUUACAGCACACCCAUAGAUCUGCAUAGCUCUUCGCUUCAGAGAAGAGACAACACAGUAAUACAUUGGACAUGCACAGUUAUAAAUGUACUUCAUUGUACCCUUGGGUUUUUUAUUGUAACACUGUAUGAUAACCUAAAUGUUUACUUGUGCCUUUGCUUUAAAUAAUUAAAAUUUCUCAUUUUGCAA